AAGAGAGUGGAUGUUCAGUAUCCAGACCCGGAAGUUGCCUCACGUAUUUACGGGAGGCUGGGAGUGGACAUCUUGACCACGCCCACCACUUCCGGGAGAGAUGUGGAGGUUGAGCCACCAAGAAAGCGUUACAUUCAAGCUACCAAUCAAGCAGUGUUUCACAACACAGGAACCACUCGUACAACUGGCAGGGUAGUGACAAAUGGAGUUGCAAGACCUCUGCUGAACAAUGAACAAAUGCAACAAUUUAUAAACACCACUGUUCUUCCUAAUGGUCGCUCAGUCACCAGCACUGAGCCAGUGAACCGUAAUGUCACCAGCUGUACUGUGUAUCCUUCUCUACCCAGGACAAGGGUACAACUACAGACUGAACCUGCAAAUGUGAAACCAGAAUUGACAUUGAAUGAGCUGAGAUCUGGACAGACCCUACUACCAUGGGUGUCCAUCCAGCAGCAAACUCAGGAGACCAUACUGCAAAGACAAACAGAAUACAGUGUACAACAAAUAGCCACAAACUGCCAGGGACACAUUCAUCCCUCAGCUCAAAAUGCUCUUGCUGUUCAUUUCCUUAACCCGACUUUGACACAGGCAGAGUUACAACAACCAAUCUCUGCAAAUGAACUUACUUUACCUAGAAAUAUUGAGGUUCAAGGCUUUUUCCCAACAACUACAACAAAUGAAUGGUUUAACAGAACAAGACUACAAGUUCCUACUGACAAUAGUGUUCCAGUUACAUCAGUGUAUGACCAGACCAUUCAUCAACCAACCCAACUGGUCCAAGGCGUCAGAAGUAACUGUUCCUACAAUGGUGCAUACUCUCCUGUUAUGACACCCACACCUAAUGUGACUACACCUGGACUAUCAGCUGACUAUCCCCAGAGGUUUUCUGCUGGUCAUCCUGAAUCAUGGAGUCUGAACCCACAGAGUGUUCCUACAUUUGUUGCCCCAAUGGAGGCACAAAGACCAAGACCAAAAUGUCAAAGAAAAAGACAACUACAAAUAUUACAUCCAACAGCUCAAGGGCUAAAGGGAGUAAAAAUAAAAUGUUUGUGAGUUCAUUGCAGCAGACCACUGGGAAACAAAUGGAAGCAACAUUGCACCAGACUCCAAGUCCAAAAUCUGCCUCUACUUCUGUAACUCAAAAAGGUGGCAAGAAUAGAGUCCAGCGCAUUGUUGUUCCGCCAAAAAUUCAGACAGACCCAGUGGAAUAUCCUCCAUAUGUGGCCAGAAUUAUGAGGAUCCUGAACAGGCAAAAACAGGGUCAGGUGGAAUCCACAUAUACUAGAGAAAAGAACGACAGUGUUGAUUCCACACUAAAACAAAUGACAACUGCUGGUAGAAGAAACAACAGAACUGACUCUACUCAUCAACAAAUUACUGACGCUG